AUGUUGAUGGGUUGGAAGAUCUUUGGUGUUCAUCGGCUCCUGAGAAAGGGCAACUAUGGUGAGCGGGUGGGUGCAGGAGCCCCGGUCUAUCUGGCUGCUGUGCUCGAGUAUCUGACGGCUGAAAUCCUCGAGCUGGCCGGCAACGCGGCCCGGGAUAACAAGGAGAGCCGCAUCAUCCCCAGACAUCUGCAGCUGGCCGUCCGCAACGACGAGGAGCUCAACAAGCUACUGGGAGGGGUGACCAUCGCUCAAGGCGGGGUGCUGCCCAAUAUCCAGGCCGUGCUGUUGCCCAAGAAAACCAGCGCAGCCUCUGGCACCAAGAGCAAGUAGAUCAGCGAAACCUCAAUCUAACGACCCAAAGGUUCUUUUCAGAGCCACCUA